CGUGGUUUCUCCAUGCCUUUCCCAACUUGGUGGCAAAUACUGAGAAACCAUCAUGACAAACCCCAAAGGAUAUCGCCGUGGUACUCGGUACAUGUUCUCCCGUCAAUUCAAGAAGAAGGGAGUGACUCAUCUUUCCAAGUACUUGAAGUGCUACAAACGUGGAGACAUUGUCGACAUUAAGGGUGAUGGUGCUAUCCAGAAGGGUAUGCCACAUAAAUCCUACCACGGCAGAACCGGACGUGUAUACAACGUCACACAACACGCUGUUGGUGUCAUUGUCAACAAGAGAGUGAGGGGCAAGAUCCUAGCCAAGCGUAUCAACCUGCGCAUUGAGCAUGUCAAGCACUCCAACUGCAGGCUGGACUUCCUCAACCGAGUCAAGAAAAAUGAGGUUAUCAAGAGGGAGGCAAGGGAGAAGGGCAUCAAGCCUGAGUGCAAGAGAAUGCCCCAAGGCCCCCGAAAGGCCCACUUUGUGCGGACGAAAGGGAACCUUCCUCAGGUGUUUGAGCCAAUUCCAUAUGAAUUUGUGGCAUAAACUGUAUACAUUGUAAAAUAAAAAAAUAUUUAAAAGAUA